ACUGAAACUUUGUUCUAAAUAAUCUCAACAUAUGAUUCGCUGGUCUUUCUACUCACUGCUGAUGCAGUACUUACGAAGUUGCAAAAAUAUUUGCAAUUUCGAAGGAAUUGCUCGAGAACCUGUGCACUUUGUUGUAAAAUCGACAGGUUCGACCUACAACUGCGAUUAUGAGCUGCCGUUGAAAUCGGGCUGUACCAUGUCGAACAAGGUGUUGAGCUGCUUCAAAAGAUAUUUGCGCAACAACUACGACUUGCGGAGAAUUUUGCGAGAGACGAGACAGCUUUUGGAAGACAUCGCCGCCCCCAGCAUUUUGCCGGGAGAAAAAGCCGACCUCUUAGAGAAAAUCCAACGCGUCGACGAUGUUUUGCGCAAGUUCACAGCCAUCAUCGCCGUCGGCCCCGACUGCUUCGACGUGCUCAAGUCCAUUUUCGGCUCGGACAGGAUCGAGUUGGAGAGUAAAGACGUCUUCCUGCGCAUCGUCAACUCCAACUCGGUCUAUCCCCCAAUUGAUUUGCUGACCAAAAUGGCGACUAGGGACGAGGUUGAGAUUAAGGAAGUGCAGUUGAGCCACUCUCUGUUGAAGGACGGCCUGCAGGUUCUCGUGUCUUCCAAGUGGAGCAACGUUCAAAUGGACUCAGUGCUGCCAAUAACUCUCUACGGCGUCAACUCGGAAGAAUUAAGUCCCGAGGCUCUCUCCGACCUGGUCCAGCUCAAGUCCGACUGGCCAGAGUUGCCGCUUUGUCUGGUCUGCAUGCAGAAGGACACCAUGGACCGCAUCGACCAGCAGCUCAAAAGCAUAGAAUUUGGCCCGGUUUCCUUGGUGAACGAUCAAAGCGGAUUCAACGCGUUCGUCAAGAGCUGCUUGCAAAAUCACCUUGUAUCAGCUUGUUUGCAUUUGACCGAGGUACAGUCGACCUGCAUUCGCAGUUUCAUCCUCUCCGCCUUCGACAUGGCGCGCGAGCUGCAAAUCACGCCCAAGAGGCUGCAGUACGUGCAGGAAAAGGAGUCUGAGUUGCACCAGAGCCUGAUGCGCGUGGCCAGCGACAAGCAGGAGGAGAUUACAGACCUCAUCGAACGCACGCUCCAGGAAUUGCGCGAAACGCUUUUGGAUAAGGCUUCAGAGUGUGAAACCUCCAUCAAUGUGGCUGGAAACAGCGAAGGCUUGCUCGCAGUCGAAGCUGCUACCAAAGAGGUGCAACAGAUGGUUUUGAGCAAGCUGAGCAGCGCCGUGGCCUCCCAGUUGGCGAGCACUGUGUGCUGCUUACAAGACUCAUACGUUGGGACCCUGCAAAGGUGCUUAGAAGGUCUGGAAAAGCACUGCCUGGACACAGAGGAGGGCCAUAUUAGAGCCACCGAUGCCUUGAGACAGAGUCUGAGUGCUGCGUACUCUGUGGAAAUAUCCGCCUGCCCUUCGUCGCCGUUCACUUCCAUGUUUGAGUGGUUCAGGAAUUUAAUGAAAGGAUUUCCCGUUCCGUGGACCUCGCCUCCGACCAUCGACUCCGGCUGGCGGAGAAAAGUGGCUGCUGACAUCCUGGACCAACUCAGUGCUUCCAAACUGGCGCGAGGAAUUUGCUCACAGUUUCGGUUUAAAAUCCGGACUUCACACGAGGCUUUCCAAAAAGCUUUGAGCUCUCUAGAAAAUAGAAUUUGCGGCAAGUUGGAGCGAACGGAGGAGCAGCGAGUGGCAAUCAGAAAGCAACACGCGCCGCAACUCGCCCGACUCUUGCUGGAAACCACGUCGAUGAGCGAUCUCGUCAGAUACGGAAUGCCGCGGCUGGGUCGAGAAAUCGGGCGAGGACAGUACGGGGUGGUUUUCACCUGCGAUCCGUGGGGAGGAUUUUCCUCGUGCGCCGUAAAAUCUGUCGUGCCGCCUGAUGACAAGCAUUGGAACGACCUGGCCAUGGAGUUUUACUAUACUAGAACGCUGCCGGAGCACAGGCGGAUUGUGCGGGUGCGAGGCUCUGUGAUCGACUGUGGCUAUGGAGGCGGCUGCUCUCCUGCCGUGCUGCUCAUGAUGGACCGAAUGUGCAAAGACUUGUACUACGGCCUGCAGUCGGGCAUGUCCUGGCUGGCGAGGCUGCAAGUGGCCGUCGACGUGGCCGAAGGAGUCCGCUUUCUCCACGCUCAGGGUCUCGUUCACAGGGACAUCAAGCUGAAAAACGUCUUGCUGGAUGGCGAGAACCGGGCAAAACUAACCGACUUGGGAUUCUGCAUUCCUGAGGCCAUGAUGUCUGGCAGCAUUGUCGGAACUCCUAUUCACAUGGCGCCAGAACUGUUGUCCGGCCACUAUGACAGCUCGGUCGACGUCUACGCGCUUGGCAUCUUGUUUUGGUACUUGUGCACUGGAAAAGUGAAAAUGCCGCUCGCCUUUGACCAGAUUGGAAACAAGGAGCAACUAUGGAAAAACGUCCAAAGUGGAUUGCGUCCUGAGAAACAGCCGCACUUUGACGAACAGUGUUGGCGACUGAUGGAGCAGUGCUGGUCCGCCGAACCGAGCCAGCGGCCGUUGCUGGGCUACGUGCAGCCGCAGCUGGAGGCCAUAAUGGAGCGCUUCCAGAACUCUGACAGCUCGGCUUCGGACAGCGGCGGCGUCGCAGGCAGAGAGUCGAUCGUCAGCGAAGACUCGUUCGUGUUGCUGCACAGCCCCAGCUUUGAGAAUCUCGCGCCCACCACCAAUGCCUCCUAGUCCUUCCUUUGAUCUCGCCACCUGGUAAAUAAUUUGUAUAUUUUAACGCUUGCUCCUGUACCGAAGGGAAGUGCUCCUGCCUUUUUCACAGACUCUAUGACAAUCUCAAGCGAAUUUUAAACCAUUCCAAGACUGAAACGAGUGCGCAGUACAGUGAUUUCAAUUAAUUCUUUUAGCCAAACACACUGUUUCAUCACAAUUGUAUAUUUAUUACGCGUUAAAUUACUCUGUAGUGCUCUAGAAGGACCAAAUAAUACAAUUCGCUUUAUGGAAA